CCAAGACUCGAUCCUUGAUCGCGCAUACACGCCUCAGACCUUCACUCGGCGGGUUCCCUUCUGCCCGAGAACGCGACCAGAGACCGCUGCGGUGACAGAAUGGUAUGCCCUACGAGCAGCACGUCAAUAGCGCACACCAACUCGUCCCAAGCAGUGAGCUCCUGCAAGCGGAGGUCGCGCCUGAUUCAAGCGGGAGAUCUGGUCAUCGUUCACUUGUCUCGAGACAAGACGCCCGUGCCGCUCUGUGUGACACCUGGAAGAGAGCUGAACAAUGCUUGGGGUAGAUUUCCUCACUCAGACAUGGUCGGCAGACCUUUUGGUAGUCGCGUGUACUCCACCAGCAACCGCAAGGGGCACGUAUUCCUGCUAGCCCCAACUCCAGAGCUCUGGACCACUGCUCUACCUCAUCGGACUCAAAUCCUCUAUGCUCCAGAUAUGUCCUUCAUCACUUCUCGAUUAGCCCUCAUGCCUGGCUCUCGUAUCGUGGAAGCAGGAACGGGUAGCGGAUCCUUUACCCAUUUCUUAGCAAGAACAGUCAGUAGAAGGGCUCAGUGGGGAGCUAGAGGUGCAUGGGGAGCACAGGGAUCAGAAGGGACAGAGGUGCGCGGACAGAGUAGCGGGGGGCUGAGAGAGGAAGGCGAAGGCGCGGGAAGCACAGCGGUCAGCAAGGAUCCAGACGCGUGCGUGCCCGAUGGCUUCGGCAGGGUCUGGAGCUUCGAGUUCAACGCCGUCAGAGCUGAGAAAGCCAGACACGAAUUCGACGCGCACGGACUGUCGCCGGGCACCGUACAACUGCAGCACCGGAAUGUGUGCAAGGAUGGUUUUGGAUUGACGGGUGUCGCGGAUGCCAUCUUUUUAGAUUUACCAGCGCCGUGGGAAGCUCUGGAAUCUGCAGCUCAAACCUUGCGUUUGGAUAGACUUGGUCGAAUAUGCACCUUCAGCCCUUGCAUUGAGCAAGUUCUGAAGACGGCAGAAGGGCUGAGAGCUGGCGGAUGGACAGAUAUUGAGACGUUCGAAACGUCUGUGAGGAUCCACGAUAGCUUGUCUACUCCUCUUGUCGCGCCCAUGUUGGAUGUGUCGCAGGCUGUGGAGAGGAUCAAUCGUCAACUGCGCGUCAAGGGCGAAAGGAGGCUUAAUCAGAUCGCAAAAGCUAAGGAUAGGCGGGCGAAGAGAUUGAGGGAGGCCGAGGAAGAUGAGCAGUCUAACAACGCUGCUACUGCGACAGAGAGAGACGCCUCGCCAGGUGGAAACUCGAUAGAGCAUGGAAACAAGUCAUCAAAUAAAAAGACGAAGGUCGAUGCUUAUGGGGCCAGCAAUCGUAAUGGACAGGACCCAUCCUAUGCGGUAGCAUCCGACAUGCUAGCAACUCGCAGCGCACAGGAGACGCAGCACGACGCGACAAAGGGACAUGAUGGAGCCGAAUCGGAAGAGAGUGAUGCAACCAAGAUGACCAGUGUUCCCAUGCGAGUCACAGUCGCUAGCAAUCGACCGGGUAGGCAGUACCCUGCACGGGAUCUUGAAGCCUCGAACGUGUAUGGACGUGUGCAGCCCGAAGUAAAGUUCACUUCUUAUUUGACCUUUGCAACGCGAAGACCACAGCUCUUGACCUUCGACAAAGGUGCAAUCAAGGGCGCUGACUCGGCUGCGUUGCCUGCGGAACGCGAAGUGACGCAUGGGAUGCCCGACGAGAAGUGCGAGGUCGCAAAGGCUGCAACAGACGCACUGUAGAAGUCGUGCAGCCAGCGCAAUGAAUUCUUGAUUUGAACGCCAUCAGUAGACGGCGUAGGGCCUUGCGCCUCUGCGAAGCUCAUGCAUCGCUCCAGCUCAUGCAUACUUCAAGAUGUAACGAUACAAUUAGCUUGACAAUGUCACUCUAUCCAUGUGACUCGAUUGGAGGCGGCCACAUUUGCGGGGCAGAGGGGAAAGGGACGCAGGUAUUUACAUUCGAUUCGAAGGCAGGAAGUAUGGAUACAUCGAAAGGCUUCCCGUGGCUGCCAAAUUUUGCAUUGGCUCAUUCUUUCCGCUCCACAUCUGGCGCGCUGCGCAUCGACGCCUGAGGUGGGCAGGACUGGG